GCCGGGCGGGCUGUUCCCCAUUCCCCUCCUUCCCCCUUUCCCCUGUCUCCUUCUCUCCUUUCCCUAGCUCCUUCCCUUUCCCUAUCCCCAGCGCCUCUCGGGCCGCUCGGUGGCGUGUCCUGCACAGACGCGUGUUGCAGCAUGGCGUUUCCCUUCCUGCCUUUCCCUCUCAGUUCUGCGCCUUCCCAGCCUCUGCUCCCGUCUUCGGCCUAGCGCGCUCUCCUCCCCUUUACCGUGCUUUCUCCACUUCUCUGUUUCCCUAAAAUUGCUGUUCAAGCGGUUAUUCAACGAGUCGCCGAUUUCGCAGCUUUCUCUGUUAUAUUGCUCGGACAGCGAGAGGCUGGGGGCUGUGCAAGGCUCACUGAUGAGCUCACUUUAUGUUAGCAAAGUUUGCCCUCUCGGUCUGCAGGGAGAGAUGCGAGCACAAACACCAGUUUCCUGCCAGAACACAGGUUUAAGGUUACAGCGAGCUGGGGCUUGUGCUUUGCUGUCUGCUUGGCUCUGCACAGUUAGGACUAAAGUCUGCACGGCACCAGCUUUUGGGAGAUGUCUGCAGAAGGAGCUCUGGACAAGGUCAUGGAGAAGGGAAGAUUCCAGCCUGCCCCGGAUUUUUGGCUCGUGGGAGUGUCUGCAGUCACAAACCCAGCGAGCUCAUGGUGUCAGUAAUUACCUCAGGAGACCACGAGAGCUGUCUGUGUGUCUGUCCCACUCGGCCCCUGCUGCUGUGGUCCAACAGAAGGCUGUGGAUGGGAGCACAGAAGAGUUCAAACUGGUCUACAGGUUCCCAGGGAUAAAAUACUGCAGGGUCCUGUCGAGACUGAAGCUGUUGCAGACUGCCACCUCCAUGAUCAUGCUGCCUCCCAUCUGCUACCUCUACCUGCAGGACCAGGUGUCUCAGAAUAUCCUCUUCUAUACAACUGGCAUCGCUGUCUUUGCUGGGGCAAUGUUGUAUGGUAUGAGCUACUUUUUCAGAAGAAUUAUUGGAUUAAUCUACUUAAGUGAAACGGGACAAACUGUCAGAGUGGCCCACUUGACAUUUUGGGGAAGACGUAAUGAUAUUUACUGUCCCAUAGAGACAGUGGUGACUUUGGAUGAAGUUGGAGAUAGCAAGAAUGAGCUACUUCACCAGUUCAAACGGUAUAACAGUACAGAUACUUUGUAUUUUACAAUUAAGUAUGGCCAAAUUGUGGACAGAGAGAAAUUUACUCAAAUAUUUGGAGAACUUGUGUGACACAGAUCAUGAUUUUCCAUGUUGCAUGUUCAGUGUGCUUAUUGUUCCAUGAGGUUUAAGUACCAAACUACACAUCUCUGUCCUUUUCCUGUGCAAAGCCUGCUGUAAGUGCGCCCAGUGUAGAAAGUCCCAGUGGUAAAACACAGCCCACUGGAUUAAAGGUCUUGCAGCUUGUGUAUGGUGUGAGGAGUGCCUGUUCCAUGUUGGAUUCAGUAAUGUCAUAGCAUUCCAAGCCUGAACUGUCCUUGAAAUAUGCUGUAGGAGGCCAAAUUACUGGGGCUGACCCUGGCUUUUGUUUCAGUUGGCCUCUGGUUGUUAGGAAACGUGAAAAAGCUCUUGAAAUGAAAUGCAGGAGCUGCCAGAGCAUCCUCACUUCAAACUCAGUGUUUCUUUUAGCUGAUUUCAGGUUGGCUAGGAAGCCUCUGGAAAUUAAAACUGGUCUGGUACAUCCAUAUGGUGUAGAGAGGGACAUGCUCCCAUGUUAAUGCAGUUGAGGGAACUGGGGGGGUGUGUGGGCUGAACUGGCCUCAGGAGGGUCCUCCAGGAUGGGAGUGGAACUGGGCAAAACAAGGGUGAGUGCUGCAAGAAACGGCAGCUCAGCUGCUAGGUUAAAGGGUGGGACAAUAUUUCAGGGGCCUCUUACAGAAAUUGCCAUUCUUCAUUGGAAUGGGAAAAGCGGCACUCGUCUCCAUGAAGGAUUGUGGUCUUACUCCAUGGUACUGGCAUGAUUUCUCCUUUUCCAAAACUUCAGUAGAAACAAGGAAUUUAAACCCAAGAAAGAACCAAACCUAUCACUUCUAACACGUAACGCAUUUUUUGAAUUGUCAGAAGCAAGAGAAUUCCUUACACCCCUCUUCUAGUUCUAACUUCAUUUGAAACUGGCAAAUAAACUGACUCUCACCAAUGAU